UAUAAAACCAAGAUAUUUCAAAAGUUAAGACAAAAGAGAUUUUAAUUAGUGUGAACAAAUUGACGUAUAAGCAUUUUUCAUUUCACUUUUUGAUUCCCAACAAGCAGUUCGGUCAGACUGCCCGAAAUCGCGGUGGGCAGGUUCAAACUCCAAGGCAGGCAGGCAGCCAUCUCCAAAAUCCAUCCAAUACAUAACUGCUUCUUUCCAUACUUCCUUAAACAAACCAACUAACUCACCAAAACAUUGUGGCUGAUCACAGCCGUGUAAGGCGGCGCGUGAGGAAUAUCCCGGCCACGUCUCCUACACGUGCUGUUGAUUGAUCCUUUUUUGGGAGAGGAAAUGGGUCAGAAUCAAUCAAGUUGUGUGAUGCAGCAUAAUAAAAAGAAAGAGAAUGGUGUUUUUGCUUCUGCUGUUGCUAAUGGUGAGUUGGAGGUUGUUGAAGCUAUGAUUAAGGAUGAUGUUACUGUUUUGGAUAGUACUGUUGGUCGUGCUAAGUUGUCUCCUCUUCAUUUAGCAGCUGCCAAUGGUCGGAUCGAGGUGCUUUCCUUGUUGUUGGACCGGAAUGUCAAAGUUGAUGUGUUGAAUCGUCAUAAACAGACGCCAUUAAUGUUGGCUGUGAUGCAUGGAAAGACUGGUUGCAUGGAAAAGCUUAUUCAGGCUGGAGCUAAUAUAUUGAUGUUUGAUUCUAUUCGUCGAAGAACCUGCUUGCACUAUGCUGCUUAUUAUGGCCAUGUAGAUUGCUUAAAGACUAUUCUUUCGUCUGCUCAUUCCUCACCUGUUGCAGAUUCUUGGGGAUUUGCUAGAUUUGUGAACAUAAGAGAUGGAAAUGGUGCUACACCGCUGCACCUUGCUGCUCGUCAUAGACGGCUUGAAUGUCUUCAUUCCCUUUUAGACAACGGAGCUCUUGUUUGUGCUUCAACCGGUGGAUAUGGAUUCACUGGAAGAACGCCGCUCCAUAUGGCUGCUCGUGGUGGUUCUGUUGACUGUGUCCGGAUGUUGCUUGCUUGGGGAGCAGAACGGCUUCAAUUAGAUUCCUCAGGGAGAAUACCAUUCACAGUUGCUCUUAAGCACAAGCACAGGGCAUGUGCUGCCCUGCUUGAUCCCUCAUCAGCAGCACCGCUUGUUUGGCCAUCUCCGCUAAAGUUCAUCAGCGAGCUCAAUCACGAAGCCAAGGCCUUACUGGAGAAUGCCUUAUUAGAAGCAAACAAGGAGAGAGAAAAGACCCUACUAAAGGAUAAUGACAUAUCUUCAUCUCCACUACGUUCUGAUAGCAAAUACGAUGAUGAUAUUGUCUCGGAUUCCGAGGAAAGCAAUAUGGAGUUAUGCUGUAUAUGCUUUGACCAAGUGUGCACAAUCGAAGUCAAACCUUGUGAUCAUCAAAUGUGUGCUCAUUGCACCCUAGCACUAUGCUGUCUUAAGAAGCCGGACCCUGCAACCGGUUGCACCACUGGACCACUCUGUCCAUUUUGCCGAGGUGCCAUUCUUCAGUUAACUGUUGCCAAGAUCAAGACUAGCAGUGAUACAGAAGGGGAAUCCAGUCCAAUAACUAAACCAAGAAGGUCAAGAAAAUCAAAUUUCAGUGAAGGGAGCAGCAGCUUCAAGAGUUUGUCUGCCAUCGGCUCAUUUGGAAGGAUCGCUGGUCGCAAUUCAGGAAAGAUUGAUGCCGAAAAGCAAUGAGGGAUUUAUCAAGUCUUGAUGAUUGCUGGUGGUUUCUUUGCUUCUAAUGACAUGAGUGGUGAUUUUACACUUGCUGUGGAAUUGGAAUAGCUACCUAUUGUAGCAUUUUAUUUGCAUUCAAUUUUUCCCAUUGUCCAAACGAUCGCUAAGAUCAUUCAAGACAAAAGAGGAACUAUAUUCUUAUAUGGUCUGUUUGAGUCUUUGUAUUCCGUUUAUCGGUUGAACUUUUGACAGACAUUUUGUGUUUUCAUUUUACGAAAUAUAAAAUGUAAGUAUAUAUGAGAUGUCCAAUUCUCUUGGAUGUAGAACUCGGGUUUUGCCUUCAUCCAACCAAGCUGUGAGCGUCUGAUGACACGUGGCUUGGACUUAAUUCAACUCAACGAUUCCGGCAUUUUGUCUGGACUCGUUCAUUCUCAA